UAGUAGUAUAGUGUAGUCCUAAAGGCCAAACCCAGAGAGGUCUCCUUGUCUCUUUCAUUCUUUUCCCCCAAAUUCUCUUCCCCUUUGGAAGCUCAGAUCCGAGAUCUUUAAGCUUUAGAUCGAGCUAGGGUUCGAUCCCAUAACACCAGUUCAAGCUUGUGGAUUUAGCUUAGUUUUUGCAGAAACAAGAUAAAAUGGGAGGUGGUUUUCGUGUGCUCCAUCUGGUGAGGCCUUUCCUCGCUUUCCUGCCUGAAGUGCAGAGCGCUGACCGAAAGAUUCCAUUCAGAGAGAAGGUGCUAUACACCGUUGUCGCCCUUUUCGUCUUUUUGGUGUGCAGCCAAUUGCCAUUGUAUGGGAUACACUCUACAACAGGGUCGGAUCCAUUUUAUUGGAUGAGAGUAAUUCUUGCGUCCAACCGUGGGACUGUUAUGGAGCUUGGAAUCACACCAAUUGUGACAUCAGGACUUGUGAUGCAACUUCUCGCUGGUUCAAAGAUCAUUGAAGUUGACAACAAUGUCCGAGAGGAUCGAGCUCUCUUAAAUGGAGCACAAAAGUUAUUGGGAAUCCUGAUUGCUAUUGGUGAGGCCGUUGCCUAUGUUUGCUCCGGCAUGUAUGGAAGUGUUGACCAACUUGGAGUUGGAAAUGCUAUCCUUAUUAUCCUUCAGCUCUUCUUUGCUGGGAUCAUUGUCAUAUGCUUAGAUGAGCUACUUCAGAAGGGAUACGGAUUAGGUUCUGGAAUUUCUCUUUUCAUUGCAACCAACAUUUGCGAAAAUAUAAUCUGGAAGGCGUUCAGCCCGACCACCAUUAACAGUGGCCGUGGAGCUGAGUUUGAAGGUGCUGUUAUUGCUCUGUUCCAUCUACUGAUAACCCGAACAGACAAAGUUCGUGCUCUGCGCGAAGCAUUUUACCGGCAAAAUCUUCCCAAUGUUACUAAUCUCCUCGCUACAGUCCUGAUCUUCCUAAUUGUUAUCUACUUCCAAGGGUUCCGUGUUGUCCUCCCUGUGAGGUCAAAGAAUGCCCGUGGACAACAAGGAUCUUAUCCUAUUAAACUGUUCUACACCUCAAACAUGCCCAUCAUUCUCCAGUCUGCCCUUGUUUCCAACCUUUACUUCAUCUCUCAGUUGCUCUACAGGAGGUACAGUGGAAACUUUCUUGUAAAUCUUUUGGGCAAAUGGAAGGAGUCUGAGUAUUCAGGUGGUCAGUAUGUCCCCGUUGGCGGUAUAGCUUAUUAUAUCACCGCACCUUCAAGCUUAGCGGAUAUGGCAGCGAAUCCUUUUCAUGCAUUGUUCUAUCUUGUAUUUAUGCUAUCUGCUUGUGCACUUUUCUCCAAAACAUGGAUUGAAGUUUCAGGAUCCUCUGCCAGAGAUGUUGCCAAACAGCUUAAGGAACAACAAAUGGUGAUGCCCGGACACCGUGAAUCAAACUUGCAGAAGGAGCUGAACCGCUACAUACCUACUGCUGCAGCAUUCGGUGGCAUGUGCAUCGGUGCAUUGACAGUGUUGGCAGAUUUCAUGGGGGCAAUCGGUUCUGGAACUGGAAUCCUUCUUGCCGUCACUAUUAUAUACCAGUAUUUCGAGACUUUUGAGAAGGAGAGAGCCAGUGAGCUUGGCUUCUUUGGUUUCUAAACUCAUUAAGUUAUGACAGAAUCACUAGUAAGCAGCUAAAAAUGGCGCCAAAGCUGCCUUUACAAUUUUGUGGUAAUGAUAUAAUGAGGGGAUGUAACAAGGUCCUGUUAACACCAAAGGGCUCGAGUUCUGUAUGCUAGUUAGGUCUUUUUUAAUUCUAUCUAUAGAAUUUAUUUUCCCAAGUUUUUUUCGCGGAUCUUUGGAAUACUUUGUGAAAAGUUUAGUUGUUUAAAAUGGAAUUUACCAGGAGUUUAUUUA